AUGAGGUGGCUAAUCGUGUUGCUUCUGGUGUCCGUGGCACUAGCUGCCAGUGAGAAGAAACCCGAAAAACGUCCCGCCAAAAAGGCUCACUCCCAAAAACCGACCAAGGCACCGAAAUCGAUCCUGGACGAAUUUACUGCCCUGCCACCGUCGGAUGUGGACUUUAUCAAGGAGCUGGACCGUCAGUUCGCCGAACACGGCAACAAGAUUCGCAUCAAGGUGGAGCGCAGCAAUAGCACGGACGGAAAGAACACAAAGCGAACGAUUGAUGGUGAUCUAGGAUAUGGACACUAUAGCAAUCAGGACGAGGCUGGGUAUCAUUUUUCCAAGCCGAAAUAUAUGAUCUACCCGUACUCCCAGCACGACAUACCGCCAGCAAGGGCAACGCACAGUACCGCGGAAACGGUCACUGACAUCGAGAUAACACCAUCACACAGCUACGAACUGAAACCGAUCGAGGAGGUCUAUCAGGUGUACCCAACGCAGCAAUACUCGCACGAACAGCAGCAGCAGCAGCAGCAGCAACAGUACUAUCAUCAGCAGACCCAGUCGCAGCAUCAACCCAAACAGCUCUACCAACAGGAGGAGACCCCUGUGAUUGUCUUGAAGAUUCCCGGUCCUUCUAAGUACGCCGCCCAUCUGCAGGCUCUGCUGCAACAGUAUCUAGAGAUUCGCGCUGCUCAGCUGUACAAAGAAUUGGAAGAACACGAGUACCAACAGCAGCAACAGCAAUACCAACAGCAGCAACAACAUGCACAUCAUUAUGCACAGGAGCAAGAAGAACACCAACAUCAUCAUCAUCAUUAUCAACAACAACAACAGGAGCAUGAGCAGCAACAGCAUCAAGAACAGCCGCAGCAUGAGCAUCACACCAAAACGAAGUACAGUCAACCAGAUCCGGUUUAUCCGACGGAGAUUGCCUACGUGCCAAUGAUCCGGACCAGUCACAAUACCUACGUUCCUCUACCAGAGCAAUAUUACGGUGCUCCGAAGGCUACUGCACGCCCCACGAAGCAUCCAAACUAUCGUAAGACAACGGUUACUCCUACUCACAUCUCGUUCCACAGUACCGUGCAGCCAGAACCAGCGUAUCACUAUCAGACAUACCAUGCCGAAACGGAACAGCAACAUCAUGGCCAUAGCCACGCAUCACAAGGUCACACACAGAUUCAGUACCAGUUUGUCCCUGUCCAGCAACCAAGCGCACACGAGGAAGAGCAUGAAGCGCCUCAAUACGUUUACGAGAAACCUGCGAUUAACUUUGUGACCCCAGUGCCAGAUGAAACGCAGCAUUCUGAUCCCGAUCCUUACCAUCACCACCAUCACCAUCAGCAGCAGCAACAGCAGCAACCGCCCAAGAAAUACCCCAACUUUGCCGAAUACCAUCAUCACCAUCGACCACAGCAGGAAGAGGACUAUCUCCCUGAGCCAAAGUUGGUGGAGAACUAUCCGAGCCACAAGCACACACGCGUCGUGUACAAAAGUCCUUCGUUGAAGGCUGAAUUGCAGCAGGAGGUCACUCCACAGCAUCACGGUCACGAUCACAGCUAUCACCAUGCGCAGGUGGAACAGCAGGAAGCGGCUCAGUUUGUCCAUCAGCAUCAUCCACAACAGCAGCAUCAGCAACAGUACAUCCUGCAGGAGGUGUAUCCCUCGCAGGCAUCCUACUUCGAGGACAAGUCAUUCGUAGAGUCCGCAGAUCCGCAGGCGACAACGGACGCAACGGAGACCGCCGUUUCGCCACACUACAACACCGAACCCGUUGUUACGAUUACGCAGCGUCCGAAGCAGCGCUACAAUUAUCAUGCACACUCAUCAGGACAUCAUGGAGGUUCCCGUGGAUCUCGGAUGGCGGCGGCCACCGGUAGCACUGCCCGUCCACGAAUGAGUAGUUCAAAGGCUUCUAGUAAACGAGAUGCCAUCGCCAGUCCCACAGCCGGUCCCUACACGGAGGAGGAGUUCCGUAAGGUCAACAAGAUGGUGCAGCGCAUGAAGAAGAAAAGCCGCACGACGAUCGAUCCAGCUACGGUGACCGUGUCGAGUGUUGCCAGUGGCUCCACCAGCCCAAGUCCUAGCGCAUAG